AUGGCAAGAUCCUUCUCCUUCUUCUUCUUCUCCCUCUUCUUCCUCCUCACUGCGGGAAUUAUUCAUAUAACUACCGCGAAUCUCAUCUUCACUCAUAUCCAGCCGACAUGUGACUCCUCGACCGGAUCGGGGUGUUUGAGGGGACAGACCUGUCUAGCAGAUCAGACGUGAGUGUGUCAGAAGACUCGGAUGGGGAAUCUCAGAGGAGAGCUAACGGGUUGACUGAGGAGAUGCAUCGACGCGCGGAUUUCCAACCGCGCCGUGGGUUUUCGAGGACCUGACGGACGCUGUGGUGAGACUUCUUCCGAGCAUUAUCGCUCUCCUCUCGACAGGAAAUGUCAGAGGGGUGGGUGCGACUCGGAGGCCAAAAUUUCGAUUCCGGCGAUCUCGCCUACCACGUCCCAGCACCACCACCACCAGAGCGAGCCCGUUCUCGGCUCUCCCACCGCCAGCGGCACGGCGGCGGCCACCGGCGCGGUCACCGCCGACGGCACCUGCGGCGCCAAGAAUGGCGACACGAUCUGUGGCAAUUGGCAUCUCGGCAGCUGUUGUUCCAUGUACGGCUUCUGCGGCAACACUCUCUCCCAUUGCGGUGCAGGCUGUCAGUCCGGACCCUGCGAUCAAGCGCCCUCCAUACCAGUCCCGAGUCCUUCCCCUGCACCGUUGAACGCCAACCCGGGAGCGUUCAGAGUGGUGGGGGAUUCCGGAGUCCCCGCCAUGCAUGCCGCCCUGCUGCCGAAUGGGAAAGUCGUAUUUCUGGACAAGGUGGAGAAUUUCACAAAGGUGAAUGUUUCCGAGACACAUUUCGCUUAUAGCGCGGAAUAUGAUCCCGUGACGAAUGAGAGGGUUCCCCUGGCGUACAGAACGAAUGCGUUUUGUGCGGGUGGGUCGUUCCUCGCGAAUGGGACUCUGAUCAGUAUCGGCGGCAAUGGCCCUCUGAACGACACGGACGAUUCCAUCCUCGAUGGGUUUCGGGGCUUGAGGUGGCUCACUCGUUCUUCCACCGAUUCUUCCCUCGACGGUCAAGAGUGGUUCGAGAUCAUCAACGCUGAGCAUCAACUCGACACCCCACGCUGGUACGCAAGCGGCCAGAUCAUGCCCGACGGUACGGUGUUCGUCUCCUCUGGGAGUCUGAACGGUCUUGAUCCCGCUCAGGUGAGAAACAACAACCCCACCUACGAAAUCCUGGAUAUCAACGGUGUGUCGCGGGGAGAAUCCAUUCCCAUGGAGAUUCUGAUCAAGACCCAACCAUAUUACAUGUAUCCCUUUCUGCAUCUCCUGAGGGAUGGGAAUCUUUUUGUCUUCGUAUCGAAAACCUCGGAGAUUUUCAACGUGGGACAGAAUCAGACCGUCAAGACUUUUCCCGAUCUGGCGGGGGACUUCCGCACGUAUCCGUGUACGGGGGGUUCUGUUCUGCUUCCUCUGUCUUCGGAGAACGAAUGGGAGCCGGAAGUUGUCAUCUGCGGUGGCUGCGCUUAUCAGGAUAUCUCCGCUCCUACAGAUGCUUCUUGUGGGAGAAUCCAACCCCUCCGCGAUGAUCCGGUCUGGGAGAUGGACAGUAUGCCUGAAGGCCGCACAAUGGUCGAAAGCAUCCUCCUCCCUGACGGAACCGUCCUCUGGCUCAACGGCGCGAAUCGCGGUGCGCAGGGCUUCUUGCUCUCAGAGGACCCAACCACUACGGCUCUCAUCUACGACCCUACCGCAGAUUUGGGGAAGCGUUGGACCUCCGGCGCUUCGAGUACCAUUCCGCGUCUCUAUCAUUCCGUGGCACUGUUACUUCUGGAUGGAACGGUGAUGGUAGCGGGUAGCAAUCCCGUUCAAAUGCCCGUGCUAAAGCAAUCGCCAGGGAAUGAAGGGAAUGUCACGCAGUUCCAGGUGGAAAUCUACACGCCUCCUUAUCUCUCCGGAGACAAUGCCGAGCGUCGUCCGAGCAACAUUGAACUCUCGACGAUGGAUCUGAAAGCCGAUUCUUCGACGUUCGAGAUCUCCUUUACGGCUCCGGAGGAUGCGAAAGCGGUCAAGGUGGCUCUGUAUCAUGGGGGUUUCGUUACGCAUUCCCUACACAUGGGCCAUCGGAUGGCGUUCCUGGAUACGAAGGGUUUCGAGGCGGGAGAGAGGGGACAGAAGAUUUCGGUCACGAUGCCGCCGACGAGGAAUGUGGCUCCGCCGGGUCCGUAUGUGGUUUAUGUGGUUCUGGAUGGGGUUCCAGGGAUGGGUCAGUUUGUUAUGGUUUCUUGA